AUGGAAAGGGACCAGCAACAGGAUCUGUUGGAACAAUAUUUGUAUGAUCUAAUUAAUAUUCAGAAAAAUUUCGAACAAGCAGCGCAGACAAUAAUAGAGUACUCUGGGUAUUAUAGCUAUGAGCCAGAACUUGAAAUGAAAAAACAACAGUCCUCACAAGGAACUAAAACGAUUCCACUUAACAAUCCUGGAUCGUCAGCACGAACAAUUCCUAUAAGGAUGCCAGCACAUCAAAACAAUGGCCCAGUAUUCUAUCAGCAGUCUAGACCGAAUGGUCCAUCGAUCCCACUCCAAAGAAGAUAA